AGUCAGGGAGCAAAAAGAAAAACAGUUCAAGCCUGAGACGGCGCCGAAGUCGAGUAUUGGAAAACGGCCAACAAAAAUGUCGCACUGUUGUGUGCCGAUGUGCGUGAAUGACUCACGCUAUUCAAAGGAGUUCUCCUUCCAUAACUUCCCUAAAGAUGAGAAGCAAAGAAGCCUAUGGAUUCAGAAUAUUCGGAGAGAACCUGGAGUCCAUUUUAAGAUAACAAGAAAUACUUACGUUUGCUCGGAACACUUCAAACCGGACGACUUCAAGAGAACCCUGACGGGAAUACGCAUUCUAAAGCCUGGCGUAGCUCCCACAGUUUUUCCGUGGACAGGGGGAGUUCUGGAAGGGAGACGGCCAACUUGCAGUUUGAGGAAGGAGUGUUCGACUAUAUCUGUACAGGAUGAGGUAAGCAUUGACGUUGGACAGAUUUCUUGCACCGUUGCACCGCUGAACAAGCUUCUAGACCAUGACUAUCUGGAAGUGAGAGAUCCUGAACAGCAUCUCCAAGCAGCUAACGCCCGGAUCAAGGAGCUCCAGCAGCAACUGGACUGGCUGCGCCGGCCCGAGAGGUACUUCCUGGAGAGGUUCUCCAAUGAUCCGGCCAAGCUACAGUUCUACACGGGGUUCCAGACCCACGCCAUGUUCAUGGCGUUCUUCCAGUGCGUCCUUCCGCAUGCGUCCAGCCUGGCCCAGUGGGGGCAGACCGUUACCCGGCUGCUGGGGGAAGGUCUGUCUCAGCAGCGGCGGGGAUCGCAGUGCCAGCUGUCGCUGUUUGACCAGUUCUUUCUCUUCCUCAACAAGGUUAAGCUGGGCUCGUUUGACGAAGAUCUGGCAGACAAGUACGGCAUCUCACCAUCCGCGGUCACGAUGCUGACCAUAACGUGGGCCAACUUCCUGUACGAUUUGCUCGGAAGUGUUUGCCUCUGGCCCACACGAGAGAAAGUCAGUCGGCUCUUGCCGGACGCUUUCAAGCUGUGCCCCAAGACACGCGUCAUUUUGGACUGCACCGAACUGACCAUCCAGACUCCGUUCCCGGCAAACGUGAACCAAAAACUCUGUCCCAGUGUCAAAAGAUGCAGUACAGUCACAUGCAAAGGCCUGGUCGGGAUUUCACCAGGGGGAUUUGUGACCUUUGUCAGUGGCCUGUAUGAUGGUGGCACUUCGGGGGAAGAUGUGACUGAGGACUGCGGUAUUUUAGACCUACUCGAACCCGGGGAUGAGGUCAUAGCAGACACAGGCCUAGGCAUCGGGGACUUGCUCAUCGAAAUAGACUGUGCUCUGGUGGACAUGCCACUUUCCUCAGCUCAGAGAAAUGAGGACAGUGAUCAUACAUGUCUUUCUGAUCACAUAGAGCGGAUCACUCAGAGGGUAAAACAGUUCCAUCUCUUGGACAGACCCCUUCCAAAGUCUCUCGCUGAUGUCGCCAAUGAGCUGUGGACAGUCUGUUGCUUACUACCCAACUUUCAGGGGCCGCUAAUCUAAAAACCAAUGUGGAUUAUUAAAGACAUUGUACAGUGUAUAUCUAUUUAUUAAAAAAAAAAACUUGUUUAGAGAACCCAUUUGACUGAGCGGUAGAUCAAAGCAAGCCAUGAUAGAACGUAACAGGUGUGAGGAAAAUGAAAUCUUGGAGUUCUCAGCUGAUUACAAAUACACACCUCUUUCACAAGCCAAAUACAUUUUAAUGAGUGAAGCAGUUGGUCAAGGCACUAUUGGAAUGCAAAGUCUAUAUCAUUUUUGUGUGUAAUUUUAGUCAACUGUAAACAGACGUAUUCCCAAAAAGUGAUGUCAACUUGGAAUAACGAUUGUGAUUCAGAGUCAGUGCAAAUAAUUGAAUUUUCUGACGUUCAGCCUUC